CAAUGCAAUAUGCAUCUCCUAAAGCUAUCUGGAAUGAAUUAUUUGGAGUCAACUGGCCAUUAUUUGAACCAAAUGACGGAGACUCAUCACGAUCAGCACGAGUCCAACAAUUUGUGAACUAUGUUUCUAAUGUUGAAAACAGGAAAGGUACUCCCAUUGUACCGGAAUUUCCAACGAAACUUGAUUGGUUGAACACAACUCCCCUUCAGUUUCGCUGGAUUUGGAAUUUCUGGAGAAGAAACACGUAGACAAGCCAGUAAAAUUCUCUCCAUUUAUUAUAUCUGAAUCUCUCAACUGUUUGAAGUUUCUCCUUUUUUGGGUUGUACUUUUGGUGAAUUGUUUAGAUAGUUUUGUGGGUUAACAUUAUGUAACAGGUUAGAGAAUGGUAGUAUAACCAUGAAAGAUGACAUUGCAAGGUUGAUUGACUUGGGUGGAGGGGUAUACGUGGAAAGUUUUCGCUAUGAAAAAUCAUUUAUACUAUUUUUCUGACUAUUUCCAUCAGUGUUUGGUUUUCCAUGUUUUACUGGCAAGUUGAGCUGUAUUCAUUUUCACACGGCAAAUUACUCUGGGCAAUGAUGUCUUGUUUAUUGUCAUUCGUGGAUCAAUGUUUUAAAACCCGGUCCGGCCUGGUCGGUUAAAUCGGUUGAACCGGGACCUAGAAGCUUCAACGGGCCGGAUUUAAUUUUUUCCUAUUCACCUAAUACCUUAGGAUUUCCGGUGAUGAUCGGCGAACAAUUAACUGUCGAAAUGUUGGGGCUUUUGAAGAGCUAUUUCCGGUGAAUGUAAUGGUGGUGAAAGAUCUGAUUUCCAGUGAGUAAAUCGACCGAAAAUCGAACAAAACUGGCAGCGACAGCGAUGAGAUUUUUUCGGCGAUUUA